CCAUAUAUUUUUGUGAAAAUUGUGAUUGUGUUGUUUUUGUACAAAAAAUGAUUACCAUUAUUAAAAUGAAUGAUAACAAAAUAAAGGAAAUCUUGUAGUUGUUUCAAACAUAAAAGCUUUUACAACUUUUACAACAAAGCAUAAAGCGUUCGUAAACUGUGGCGUAUUACUGAAUUCGUUAAAACUUAGAAUUAGAAACAAUUAUUUUAUAUACUGCUAUUUUUAAUUAAUUGUUACAAACAUUUUACUUUUAUUAUGAUAUUGACUUAUACAUGGGACACACAAAGGAUUGAAAACUGAACGAUAUUAUGUAUACAUUUGUGUGGGGUAAUAACCACCUGGGCCUCAGGAAUUUAUGGAAAGUAUGUUUAGCACGACUGGUAUGGUAGCAGCACCGCAGCAAGCGACGGGCCAGGUCGCAUCAAACGGUAGCAUCACCCUACCUAGGUCACACCAUCAAAGACCAGGCCGUCCACCUGCAGCUCCAAAAUCGUAUGACUACUUGUUGAAAGUUUUACUCGUGGGGGAUUCUGAUGUUGGGAAACAAGAGAUUCUGCAGGAUUUAGAGGAUGGUUCUGCUGAUUCACCUUUUUGCAGUGGCAGUGCAUACAAAACAACAACAAUCCUCUUAGAUGGCAAAAGAGUGAAACUUCAACUCUGGGAUACUUCAGGACAAGGCAGAUUUUGUACAAUCAUUCGUUCAUAUUCAAGAGGUGCUCAGGGAAUUCUACUUGUAUAUGACAUAACAAAUAAAUGGUCCUUUGACAGUAUUGACAGGUGGCUUGAAGAAGUUGAAAAGCACGCCCCAGGAGUACCAAAGGUGCUAGUGGGUAAUCGGUUGCACUUAGCAUUUAAACGACAAGUACAAGAACGCGACGCUGAAAUGUAUGCAGCUAAAAAUCACAUGGCCUUUUUCGAAGUGAGUCCGCUCUGUGACUUCAAUAUAAGGGAAAGUUUUUGUGAGCUCUCGCGGAUGGCUCUACAUCGUAAUGGCAUGGAGCGAUUGUGGAGGAGCAAUAAAGUCCUCAGUCUCCAAGAGCUAUGUUGCCGUGCGAUCGUAGCACGAACAUCCGUAUACGGACUCGAAAGACUUCCAUUACCGAGCACGCUCAAGUCUCAUCUCAAGUCGUAUGCGAUAUCAGCCGCUCCUUCGAGACAUCGCGCUAGGCCCUCGAAACACUCGCACCAUACACGACUCAACUGUACUGGGAGAAAUUCUUGCAGUAUCACAUAAUGGUUAGUUAAAAAUGGCAUUAAUUAACAAAUUAUUAGACUUUUCGGUAGUUUUCAAAUUUGUUCAACUUUCCGUAAUUCUUAAUUUUGUUAUAUAAAUGAAUGACAUCAAUGAUAUAUUAAAAACUUUCUAUGACGUUCUCGAAGUUUAUUAUAAGAACAGAUUGAAUAUGAAUUUGACUACAUUUGUACGAAGAAUUUGAACUUUUUAUUCCACUAAUUUGUCUAAUGUAUAUUGUAAGCGUUUGCGUCGAACAGUCAUUAUAAUAUUAUAUCCCCAUUUUGUAGCGCCCUGCUUCUAAAUUUGUAUUAAAAUAUUUUAUAGACUGAAUUUGUAUCCCCUUAAUAAACAAUUCUACCUUAGAAUUGU